CCUCAAGACUCGCGAGUCCAGGACCACUCCAGAGAAUCUCGUGCUCAGUCUCACUAUAACACCAGUGCUAACACCUCCAAAAUCACCUGGGAUUCCCACAAAACAAGUUUCCCGUCAUGUGGGCAGCAAGAACUGCCAGUAUUCUCUUCGUGCUGACUUUGAGUAGCGCUGAAGAGGCUCAGUUGAAAUGGAGCAAACCAGCUUCUGAACGUGUCAGCGGUGAUUGGGUGCCGUUGUCGGCGGAGCAAUUGGGACAAGCGUCGGCUCGAUCCCUGGGAGCCCCUUCGCAACGCAACCACCUCGUACAAGGAUUGUAUCAAGAAGAUAACGGAAAUAAUUUUGCCAAUACUUUUCACCAGCCACCUCAGUUUCGGCCGGAUAACGCUCCUCGACAGCAAGAGAAGUUCAACCAACCUCAGGUGCUGUCACAGCAGUUUUUGCCUCCUCAGAUCCCCCCGCAUUUACUCGCUCAGCAAUUACCGCCACAACUUUUAAAUCAACAGUUUGAAAAUACUUUCAACCAAUUCCCUCACAAUGCGGGGCUAUUACGACCGCAUUUCGUCGUGCCGCAAAACCAUUUCGGUCAGCCACCUCCACCACCUCCUGUGAGAAAAGACGCCGUUCGACAGCACGCCGUGCCCGAAGAAAAGUUGCCUGUUAGGAAUUUACAAAAUCCCGGAUUUGCUUCGCAACAAAAUUCUUUCGCGGAUUCUAGACCCAAUCAUCAACAACAUCAACAACCUGUAGCGAGACCGGUCGGCGAGACGGUGCCUUAUAUGAAAGGGAUGCGAGGCGGUGAGAAGGAAGAAGUUCAGAUUCUCUAUGUUCCCGUCGAAACUCUGAAACAAAGGGGUAAAGCAUCGAGUGUAUCAAAUGGUGUCUCUAGUCAGGACGCGCAGGGUGCUCUUUCCAGAGAGCCGACUUUUCAGUCGUUACCACAGAGCCAUCACAAUCAAAAAGAAACACAAAAAUUUAGACAUCCCAUCCAACCACUGAAGGAACAAAUACCAGCACGGCAUCUUACGAACGUCGAUUUCGUCGCCGUUCCCAAAUCCACACCCUUGGAGCAGCCUCAAAGAGCUCAAGAAGAAUACGAUUCCACAAAGGAUACCUCUCAACAAGUAUCGUCGUCUGAAUUGAAACAAGACGAACAGGCCAAAUACGUCCAAACGCAACCACAGAAUUACAAUACAAGAUAUCCCACUGAGGAAGCGCAAUACGAUCAAACAAAUUUUAGACAAUAUCAUAAUGAAAAAGAACUGUAUACAGAGAGACCUCGACUUGAAUACAAUUUAAAAAGUCGCUUUACUAAAAUGCCAGAUAGUUUCUUAUUACCUGAAGAUAACACUCGACGUCCUGCGGAAGUAUACAGGGAUGAAGUUAGGCCAUCCAAGUUGCCACCGCCGAAUCAGCCACCUUUAUCCGUUUAUAUGGAAACGUCCCCUAACAGUAAAGUUGGAGACGUUUUGAGUUUGCUGAAAGAUGCUAAAACGAUACCUGUCCUAGAUACUAUUGGCCCGGAUUCUCCACAAGUCUUCGUUGGACCGUCUAACUUGAAACCGCCUCAUGGAUACGUAAAAUUCGAACUUCCGUACCUGUCUUCCCUGGAUGGUAAUCGAGUCGAAAGAAAAGUUUUGCAACUUCCCUUCUUUGUUGCGCCACUUAAUUUUCAACCGCCCCCUGGAUAUUCGAAAAUCCCCUUCCCUCCUCCACAUAUCGGCUCGGUCGUUUUGUCCAACUACACUGCCAGAGCGGUGACCGAGAAAUACGCAACGACACCCUCUUAUUCGGUUUCUUCUUCUUACAGGGAUCCUUACACCAUUCCCGCGGAUAUCUCCUCUAUUAGCCCACAACUACCUUCGUUGAUAAAUUCCCUGCAAGAAGAACAAUACGGGCCGACGACAUUAGCAACGACGUCGACGCAGGAAGUGGUGACAGAAGCCGUAACUGAAGAGGUUCAGACUACAACGACUCCUAGGAGAACGCAAAACACGAGAGGGCAUAACUAUCGCGGUUCUCAAAAAGCUCAAUUUUCCGCUCCUACUUCUUCCGCGACAAGACGGCCCUACGGCCAAAGACAAAGGAGGCCCUAUAAUAGUAGGACUCAGUCGAGAGUGACGACCACCACCACGACCACAGAAGAACCAUAUACGAACGUUAGACAAAGCCUUGUGAGGGAUGAUCAAGUACACCAAGAUCAACACACCACACAAAAUAAUCAAAGGAACUUCGAGGAUCGUUAUCACGAAAGUGCGGUUCAGUCUACCGGCACUCACUCAAAUGUUGAUGAUUCCACGACUGGCUUUUUGUAUCAACAAUCUCAGAAGGAACCCGAAGAUAAAAGACUUGUGUCCGAACCAGCUAGAACAAAGGAAUUAGACAGAAAUUUCCGCACGCAGGCGUUCGUGCCCCAAUACACUACCGAUUACUACAAUCCACAGGAAAAUGCGAACGUUUAUGAAAAAGAAAAAACGCCGUCAACUCGAGACCCCGUGGAACCUCAAAGUCCACCUGCAACUUACAGAUCACAACCCCAACCAGAAAAUCAACAAUCGGUUUAUUCAUCCUUUGAAUCUCAAUUUUCACCCAGACCGGUUAAUCAUGAUCAAAACAGCCAGUUUGCCGUAGCACAAGGCGAAAAUGAUAAAUCCCUGCGGACUAACAGCGGUUAUUCGACAGAAGCCACUUUGCAGCGACAGAAAUACAAAGAAAAUGCUGACCAACUCCCAUACAGCGUUUUCCGCGGUCCCUCCGUGGGGAUCGGUCAGCUCCCACCAGAAUAUCGCGAAGAUGAGGCACGAACUAAAACUAUGGACACGUACUUUCCACAAUCGUACGAAAACCCUACUUUGAAUGUAGAUGAGGUAGCAAAACCACAAGAAGUGCCUUCGUACGAUGUGAACUACAAGCCCGUCCAAUAUACGACACAGCGUGCUACCGAGAAUACCCAACCCGAUUACAAAGAAUAUCCUUCUUCUUCGUCCCGCAACAACCUUCUUGAACAUACUACAUCAGUUGUAACCGACCCUCCUAUGAAACCUGUCUACAAAUCGGAAAACCUGUACGGUAAUGAAGAAGUAAGCAAUCCUGUGGUAAAACAGAAGACAUUCCGACCGACGCAUGAACAAACAUCCUCUGAUGAAUAUUCAACCAAAACUACUUCCGAAAAUUACGUCGAAACUACCACUCGGGCUCAACCUUCAGAACGCCCUCAUUUGAGGAGUCGAGGGAGAGUCCGCGGCAGACCGUUGUAUAGCAGACAAAAAACUACAACCGAACCUCCGAAUUAUCCUUCUAACUUUGGAGAAAGUCGGGAGCAGAGUUACAAGGAAGAGAAAAGGGUUAACGGGGAUUUUAGCCCUAACAGUUUCAGAUUAGGUGUUUUUAACAAUGACGAUACACCAUAUACGACUUCUCCGCCUACUGAGGCAACUACAAGAACAACACAUAGAAAGUUGAGCAACCACAGGACUGUGCAACGAAGGCCUUUGAGGCCGACAACGACCCCAGCUCCUUCGACAACAACUUCCGCUCCAUCGGGCGUUAAGUACUUAAUCAGAACCAGGCGACCUUCCAACCCACCACAAACCAAAUUGCACGCGAGCAGAGGUAGAAUCAGGCGUCCGACGACUCCUACUACGACGACCACCACAGAAGCGUCUGUACUGGCCGAAACAGAACCGUGGACAGUACCGCAGCUACCAAAUUUCAAUUACAGAGAUGAAGACGCCAGCUAUAAUCCCGUUUCUGUGAAGGGAAGCCAAUACGACUCCUUUUCCAGGUCACCGGUUGUAACGAGGGACGAAAACAAAUUUGAACAAUAUCAAACUACUCCUAACGUUUCAGGAAACGAAAGAUUCACCGCACGGCCAAAAUCGCAAGAAGUGUCGUACGUCGAACGAGACGAGGAUACGUAUCUUCAGCCAGUGAGGAAAAUUAGGCCUACUCAACCUCCGGCGUACGACGAGGGAUUAGAGUACGUACCUUACAAUCAGGAUACAUCACCGGAACCCGUCAGAAAAGUCACCUUUAAGUCGAAAGAGCCUCAGUUCAGUUACGAAGCCCAAACGGAACAAUACGACAAUUACCAAAAUUACGAAACCAGUCAAAAAACCCUACAAAGACAUAGGGAGCCUUACGUGUCAAGGGUCGAACAACAACAAGAAAGGGUCACCAACCAAGCGAAAACCACGGGAAAACACAGAGGGACAUCACCCCCGUCGGUAUAUUAUCAGGAACAAGAUUUUGAACCAGAGCCUGAAAAAACCUACAGAACGACUCGGAGACCGCUGGCGAGGCACAGAGAAUCGCAAACGAACCCUCCGGCCGUUUACAACCAAGCCGAGGGUAAGGGGGUUUAUCAAUCCGACGAUGAAUCACCCCAUGUAGGUCUGAGAGUGGAAGUGCCAGAUACGAACCCUACCCCGCAACCGUAUUCGGAUGGUUUGCCAUUAGACAAAAAUUAUAAGCAUUUCACUACAACGCAGAAGAUCGCCGUCUACAAAGAGCCUGCUAAAGAGACUUACUCGGAGGACAAAUAUUUGCCUGACUCUAAUCCCAAAUUAAUCCCAGACAAAAAUUCAGCACAGGAGAACAAAUACAACUCAAAAUCCUCAAAACAAAAAGAAGCUGAAGAUUUUUGGAAUCAAGCUGUUACAAUUCAGCAAAGUAAAAGUUACGUGUACGAACCCGACGAUGUCCCGUCGCUUUCCGAUCAGUCGAAAAAGGGGAAUGGAAAGUCAAACAACAACCAACCGGUUUUCAACGAAUACGACGACUAUUCUGGAUUUCAAGAUCCUGAAAAACCCAUUACUUUGGACCAAUCGCCCUUCCCUUCAAACGAUCAGCAAGUAACAUACACAGGAUUGAAACCGAAUGUCAACGUCGGGAAAGAAAGCCAAUAUCCAGAGAAAGAUACGGCUGACGAGCCGGCCAAAGCCAAAGACGAUCCUGCGGAAUCACAGGAAAAACCGGCCAGCGUGGGAUCACCGACCGUAGAAGCAUCAUCACAGGAAACCACAUCGGAAAGUGUCCUCAGCACUACUAGAAAGCCCGGGAAGAGGCGCGGGACAUGGGUAAGGGUUCGUGUUAAGAAGCCGAAGGACUUUUUAGAGACUGCAGAAUCACAGCGAUUUGGAUCUCUCUCCGGCAAUUCUCUCCCUGUUAAUCCAAUUAAGGCAAACGAGAAAAAAAUGGAUCAAGUGAAAGAAACUGUAGAUAAAUUGGCCAACCAGAGCAAAGAGGUCGAUUCUUCAAUGACCGACACUACGACGGAAGCCCCGUCUGUCAUGGAACAGUAUCAAAACACUCUUACGACCAUGAUAAGGGAUUACAUGAAGGGUGGCAAUGAAGAAGGAAAAGAAAAACAGGACGUGGUGGAUGAAACCACUCAAGCAACGACAGAAGCUUACGACACGACGACAAUCCCGACAACUACGGAAUUCGACCAAACAUACACGACGUCCAAAAUAGAAGAUGGAACCCUGUUUAAUAGUGAGGCUCCUUCUACAACUUUUUACCCGCAGACUGUCACUCCGAAAGUGCUAGGAACGUCAACGACCACUGAAAUUUCAUUAGAGACCGAAAUCUGUUACAAAGGGCGCUGCGUGAAAACAAAACGCGGAAAAGACACCGGCGUUAAAGAUGAGAGUGAUCUUAUGACUGUAGAAUAACACCGUAUCAAUUGAUCAGAUUUUUAGCAAGGCAGUCAUUGUUUUGAUACAAUAGCGGGCGUCGUGAUAAUAUAGCUAGCCUCGUAAACUUACCCAACCGGCACCAAUUUUACGCUCUUUUUGUUGUCCUAUUUUCUUUCUUGAACGAAAAAAAUUAAUAGUUCAAAACACUUUUAUCGGCUGUGCCUUUCAAUAAAGAUACAUGUAUCAAACGCUUAUUCCUUUUAAAAUGUUUUAUUUUAAUUUUUACUCGUAAGAAUUUUCUGUCUGUAUCGAACCCAUUCUAUGUGGCACAAUCAAUAAUGGGAGAUUAUUUACGCAAUAAUUAAAAUACAAACGUGUUUUCAAUUUUGGCGAUCUAGGAUUUGUGUUCUACAGGCUAUUACACCUCGGUCGUUAUUAACGUAAAUAGUUAAACUAAAAACCAUAGAAAUUUUAAAUAACUUUCUCUACUCCACCAAUUCUCGACCCAACUUUUCCAGUGCCCAUAUAUUUGUGAAGAUUUAUUUAAUUUUUUAUUUGGUAACAAAAACCAUAAACACAAUUACAGUGUUAAAUCGUGAAAGGACAACAAAGAAAGAAAUUCGGAAAAUUCAUAACCGUAACGACGGCCUAAAAGAUUUUAGGGCUUCCAUGACAUAUUUAAUAAGCAUUGCUUGGUAGAUCUAUUUAUUUCUUAAUUAAAUCUAGAUGCAUUUAGUGCAACAUGCAUAUAAUUACUAAGAAAUAUUUUUAAGCUAAUUUAUCAGUUUUUGUCGUUACCCGUAAUUAAUUCGUUUAUCGGUAAUCCAUUCUGUUUAAUAUCCAUGUUGCAAAUGACGAGGCGGGCUAAGUCCUUUUAUAAAUUGUAUUUUUUUUUUUUUUUUAAUUAUUUGUAAUGUGUACCUUUCGAACCGAUCCCAUUUUCCCCUGAUGGCGAAUUUGUGCUGGAGUCCUCAUGGUUCGGAAAGUAUGCACAAUUGUAAAACCCAAAAUGAAAAGUCAUGAACAAUCUGUUAGAUAUACGAUAGUUGAGCGUUUUUUUCUUUUGCAAAAUGGUAAUUUUUUCAAUUUAUUGUCUAUGUUUUGUUUGUUUGUAUUUUUAUUUCCUUUGCAGGGAGAAUGUGAAAUGUCGUGGUUUAUUUAUUAAUUUAAUAAAAAUAGUCAUAGACGUGGCUAUCUUGGGCGACCAGUUGUAAAACUAGUUUUGUAAAUAAUAAAACUCGUAAUUUAUAAGGGGAAAACAUGUACAUAGUGCAGUGUCGCAAAAGUGACAUUUUGCAUUUACUAUUCGCGAUAAAAGUGUAUUGUUAUCCUUAAUCAUGAAAUCAGAGAUGUAUGUUUAGUUCAUUCAUGUUUGCCAUUAAAUAUGACGUAUUUAUUUAAGAUAUUCUAUAUCAAAUACAUUUUUUACAUGUU